UAGUAUCAAAUUGAAGGGAGAGAGAAAGAGGGAGUAUGAGAGCUAUGAGAUCCCUUUGCUUUGUCGCCACUGUGGCCUUGUGUCUUGCUCUGCUUGCACAAGUUAACGAAGCAAGAAAAGAUCUAGAGCAGCAUGUCACCGAAGAAAAGAGCGAUUGUCACACCUCUAUCGAGUCAUCCAACCUUGAGGCUGAUGGUCACAAUCCCGCAAGUGAAAAGUCUUUUAUAAGAGAUUUUGAACCGAGGCCGAGUGCUACCGCCUACGUGGAUGGUCACAAGCUUACUGGUGAAAAAUCUUUUGUAAGAGAUUUUGAACCGAGGCCGAGUGCUACCGCCUACGUGGAUGGUCACAAGCUUACUGGUGAGAAAUCUUUUGUAGCAAAAGAUUUUGAGUCAAAGCCCAAUAUCUUCAAAUAUAUUGAUGAUAUGAAUUCUAAGAAUGAGAAAGUUUAUGCUAAAGACUUUGAGCCGAUACCUAAUAUCUCAGCGUACAAUGACGAUGUGGUUGGAGUAGGAAAGUGAAAAACUUAACCAUCAGCAUAUAGUUUAUGUUGUUUGUUCCUAUCACUGAUUUUAAUGUAUGAAGGUGGAUAAGCCUCUAUAUGGUCUUCGAAUAAAUGUAUCCACUGUAUUUAAAUGAAAAUCAAUCGAGUAUGUUUGUUUCUGUA